UUCCCUUUUUCCUAUACAUAUGGAUUGUAUAUAUAUACGCCAAAUCCCUCUUUCUCUCAUCUUUAAACUCCCACAAAGACUAAAGAAACGAUACUCGCAAAAUCUUAACAGCCCACUCGGCCACCUACCUUCUUUCCUUCUUAUCUGUUUCGCAAAAUUCCUACCUUUUUCUGGUUUUCUUUUUUUUUCUUCUGAAAAAUGGCCCCUGCAGCCUUGGAAUUUGAUGGAUCUUCGUCUUCUCCGAAAAGGGUUUGUGUAAUGGAUGCUGGGGGAAGUUUAGGGUCUGCACUUGUGCGUCGUCUUCUUCAAAGAGGCUACUUUGUUCAUGCUGCAAUUCACAGUCAUGAUGAGAUGCAGUCUAUGGAAGAAACAGUUGGAGACAAGAAGAAAUUGAGAGUAUUCCACACAGAUCCAUUGGAUUAUCACAGUAUAGUGGAAGCUUUACAAGGAUGUUAUGGCUUAUUUUACUCGUUUGAGCCUCCAUCUGAUCAGCCUUCAUAUGAUGAAUUGAUGACAGAAAUGGAGGUAAGGGCAGCACAUAAUGUUUUGGAAGCGUGUGCCCAAACCGACACUAUUGACAAAGUGGUUUUUACUUCGUCUGCUACUGCCUUAAUUUGGAGAGACCCAAGUGACUCAACAUCUUCAUCCCCUGAUUUUGAUGAAAGAAACUGGAGCAAUGUUAAUUUCUGCAAGAAAUUUAAGUUAUGGCAUGGGUUGUCAAAAACUUUGGCGGAGAAGACAGCAUGGGCUCUAGCCAUGGACCGAGGGGUGAGCAUGGUGUCCAUAAAUGCAGGAUUGUUAUUGAGCCCUGAUCUCACCAUCACCCAUCCGUACUUGAAAGGUGCAGCCGAGAUGUACGAAGAUGGGGUUUUUGUGACGGUUGACCUCAAGUUCUUGGUAGACUCCCAUAUAUGUGUUUUCGAACAAGUUUCAGCUUAUGGUCGAUAUCUCUGCUUCAAUCAUGUGAUUAACUGCAAUAAGGAUGCCGUGAAGCUCGCCCACAUCCUCUUGCCACCCGACGUAUCCUCGCUUCCUCCCAGCAUGACUGUAGGGGAGAGCAGGAUGGUACCACAGAGAAUAAGCAACAAGAAGCUCAACAAGCUCAUGGUUGACUUUGAGAGUGGAGGCCAAUGAAUAUAUAUAUACAUAUAUAGAGGAUGGAUGAAACGAGAACAAGAUCAAAAUAAGAGAAUGGCCAAAUCACAUGUGAUUUUACAUGUGAAUACGAAACACGGUCAACACAAACCAAAGUCCGCAGUUUUCGUGUUCUCUUAUUUGGUUACUGUUCUCGUAAUUACCCAACUCUAGAUUAGAUCAGAAUAGAUGAUUUGAUCACAAAUGAAAAGUGCAUAUGGUAUUUAAGUUUCAAUAUAUACAGUAUAAUAUUCAUUCUUUUAGAGAGAGAGAGGGGGUGGGGUUAAAUGUAGUGGCUGCUUUUGCCUCCAACCAAGAUGAGAAAAAUGUAACAAAUGGUCUUUGGUCUA